UUUUUUUUAAACAUGUCAGGAAACCAGAAAGUGGAUUUGGUUCAUCAAAACGCGAUUCACGUCGAGACGAUCCGGAAAGAGCAGAGACACCAGAAACUCCACACGGAGUUCAACAUCAAUCCAUGCAGGAAAUUGCACGUCCUGCCAGACAAACCCAUGUCUAGGAAGCAGACAGAAGUGAUUGCAGCAAACUCCGACUUCAUUGAGGCCUUCCACAAAGCCCGCCAGGAGCCCACCAAGAAAUAUAAAAUGCCUCAGACUGAGAGUCAGGAGAUAGGAUGGAUAUCAACUCCACUGAUCCCAUCGAACCGCAAUGACAUGAGAUACAACUUCUACCGGUUCAGCACGGACGUCACCAUACACAAAGAAUGUGCCCUGCGUUCAUCAAACUAAACCAAUACAGAAAUAAUGUGAAUCCUCCAAAACACGAGCACCAAUGUUCACAUUUUUAUUUAUCAUACAAACAUACAGGUGUCGUCGUCAGAAGCUGCCCUUUUGCACCUUAGCAAUCUAAGAAAAACAGUUGCAGGGGAAACCUUUGCACACAGGUCUAUACAAGGAACACUUGCCCAUCACAUACUAAUCAUAUUAAUGAAUGGGAAAGGGCAAAACGAACAGCUGUCCAAUAUUAUAAAAUGCCAUGCCACAUGGGAGAGAAUCAAUGUGUCAAGAAACUGAGUUAGAAAAAAAUAAAACAAAAAGGCACCGACCAGGAGCAGGCGCUGUAUAUUAGACGGCAGGGAGGCUGGAGGAGAUACUGUGGUGUAAUUACAGAAAGUGGCUUUAAAAUCACCCUACCAAAUAGGUACAUAUAGAGAAACUGUUGUCCACAGACCAUAAAACCGGUCUAUAACAAAAGCCAUUUAAGUAACACUCAAAUUCUGUUUUUUUUGGAAAACAACUUGGUGGUCUGGGUCGCUCUGUCGUUUACUCUGAGCCUUUUCUUCACCAGUCAUGUCCUUCAAAUGGCUUCCUUAGCAAUAUGGCAGGGCGUCUCUCUCUUUGUGGCUUGAAUCCAA